UAUUUAACUUACAGCUGCACAUUUAUUAACAUUGCUUUAAUGUAUUGGGAUUAGCCAGAAAAGCUAUUUUAAUGUUAGUAGUUGCAAAGUCAUCCUAAAAACAACAUCAAAAACAAAACAAAUGACAAUAAAAAUCAGAAUGUAGGUAAAUUAUUCACAUCCUUUUCAGAUUACCAGCUAACCUGUUUUAUAAAACAAAUGGGCAUUUAGAGAUGGGUCUUUUUUUGUGAAUUAGCACAAGAGCAAAGUUCAGUAUAGAUUCAGUGAUGGAUGCUGGGGUGGCGUUGAAUCCUGACCCCCACCUCGCAGGAUUCUUCCGCACGCUGCAGCGGCCUCCCGGGCGGGGCUUUUCUGUAUAAGAAUGAAGAAAGUCCGGCGAGAAGAGAGACAAACUCCAGUAGAUCCCGGUAACCAUCUGCUCCUCCAGCUUCCGGACCUCCGCCCCCCUCCUUCUCCUCGCUCACGCGCACCAGCACCAUGGAGAGCUCCGGGUUGCUCCGCGCGCUGCUGCUCGUCGGACUGCUGUCCACCCUGAGUCACGGUCAGGCAUCACAGAAAGUUCCCGGACAGGACUUUGAAGAGGAGAAACCAGAACCAGUAGCAGACGGAGAUCUGGUAGAAGCACUGGAGGCUCUGCUGGGCCAAAUGCAUCAUCACAUUUCUUCCACUGAGAAAAGGGGAAGCAUCCCACUGUGUGGGAUGGGUGACCGCUGUGCCAUGAAAUUCGGGCCUCGCAUUGGAAAACUCUGCGACUGUGGCAGAGGAGCCAACUGCAACUCCUACCUGCUCAAAUGCAUCUGAGCCACUGAGGGUUUUAAUGUCCUUUCCACAUCCACUGGGCCAAACAUCCGUCAGCUGGCUGCACAGCUUCUGUAAACCAACCCAGACUUGUCUCUCAGUUACUCUGUCAUUUAUCUUCAUUGUGUGCUGCUGUUGUUUGGGCAGCUGUUGCCUGAGGUUGAGCAUGUCUUUUCUACUGCUGACAGUCUAGGUUUUGUCCAUGGAAAUAAAUGAUUUGUGUUGAAUAAAGUGAUGU